AUGAAAAUAUUCCUAAGGAAACUUAAGUUAUUUUGUACCAUAGAGAAUGGUGACGGACAGACAGACGAGGUGAUUGUCUUAGGGCAACCACCAUAUAACGGAACCGGACAAUCGCCGUAUGACGAGACCGGACAAUCGCCGUAUGACGGGACCGGGCAACCACCAUAUAACGGAACCGGGCAACCACCAUAUAACGGAACCGGACAAUUGUCGUAUGACGGGACCGGGCAACCACCAUAUAACGGAACCGGGCAACCACCAUAUAACGGAACCGGACAAUUGUCGUAUGACGGGACCGGGCAACCACCAUAUAACGGAACCGGGCAACCGCCAUAUAACGGAACCGGACAAUCGCCGUAUGACGGGACCGGGCAACCACCAUAUAACGGAACCGGGCAACCACCAUAUAACGGAACCGGGCAACCGCCAUAUGACGAGACCGGACAAUCGCCGUAUGACGGAACCGGACAAUCGUCGUAUGACGGGACCGGGCAACCAUCAUAUAACGGAACCGGGCAACCGCCAUGUGACGAGACCGGACAAUCGCCGUAUGACGGAACCGGUCAACCGCCAUAUAACGGAACCGGACAAUCGCCGUAUGACGAGACCGGACAAUCGCCGUAUGACGGGACCGGGCAACCGCCAUAUGACGAGACCGGACAAUCGCCGUAUGACGGGACCGGGCAACCGCCAUAUGACGGGACCGGGCAACCGCCAUAUGACGAGACCCUAAUUAUGGUGUUUUUUCACUGA